CUGAGCAUAUAGAGUUUUUUUGCACGAGAGUACGAGUGCGUUUGUGAUAUACUGCGAUUCCGAUCGCUUUCAGUCGUUUUAGGACGUUUGAAGGGGAGUGAAAAAACAAGUGUCCCCGCUCCCCGCGUGCGUAUUCAUAUAUUUCAACCAGAGAAAAAAAAAACAAAACAACGAGAGUGAUUUGAGAGGCUAAAAUAACGGGGCGCGCGCGAAUCUCGCGUGGCGAGAACGAAAAAGCGAAACAAUAUUGUUGAUAUUGGUUUGACGAUUUAUCGUAAUUUCAAACGAAAAUGAAUCCUGUGGCAACGAAUAACGAUUUACUUAAUUUAUUCGUGACGCACAUUGAUACGGACGGGCCGUUGCUGAGGCUAUGGGCACAAGUGAAGGCUGAGGCUUCUCGCAAAAUCGAGAUAUUGUUACACAGAUUUGCUUACCAAUUUGACAAUGGACUUGGAUGUCCUCAAUCGCCGACACAAACGCUUUGGAAUAGCCCCGUAUGUUGUGCGCUUUUCGAAGGCAAUUAUUAUCGCGCUAAAGUUUGCUCACAACAAAGCGACGGUUAUGUCGUACAAUUUAUUGAUUACGGAAAUAUCGAAAUUUUGAAACCCUGUGAUAUUCGCAUUCUCGAUGGCAUACACGAAGCUGCUGAACUUCUCAGCGUUGAACCACUUGCUGUAGAAUUCAUCGUUGCUGAUGUUCUUCCCAGAAAUUGUACUUGGGAAUCACGGGUGCUCUUCAAAGUCCUUGACAACUUACGCUACAAAGAAUUGCCAGGCAGAGUCAUUGGUUCUAUUGCCAGAUAUCCAGUCAUCCAGGUGCUUCACGGUGAUCGCAAGCUCAGCGAUAUUCUUAUCGAACAAGACUAUGCUGUUGAAGCAACUUGCGAGGACAUGAGCAGACUCUAUUCGUGCGGUCAGGGGAUAAACCCCCAACUCAAUCCGAAUCCUCUGAUGCAACCGCAAAGGCCUACAAUGCAGACCCGAACCCAGGCACAGCAGGGUUUGCAUCAUGAAAAUCCUGUAAACAAAUACUCGCUAGUGCAGCCAAUCAUCGCUCCUCUUCGGGUGCCACGGGUUGGAAAUUAUGCAGAAAAUUGGCGUCCGCAAGCUGGUCAAACAGUGGCAACUCAAAAAAUUCAAGUAUCGCAUCAUAAUGACGAGCCAGGUGUGUUCAGGUCGAGGAUUCUUGAAAUUGAUCAAGAAUACGAAGUGACCGUGUCUUACGUCGAAGACGGUCCACUCAUGUUUUCCGUUCAGGUGAACAAACUCGUGGAAGAACUUAAAACUCUAAUGUACAACAUAAAUCACACACAUUCGCCUCAGCCACUGAACGAACCACCGGUCAUCGGUUCUGUCUGUCUUGGCAGAUACAGUGGUGACAAAUCGCUUUUACGAGCAGUUGUGAUGCAAGUUAGAGAGCACGAUUGCAAACUCCACUACGUCGAUUUCGGACAUGGCGAAAUUUUGCCUUACACCGAUAUAUUUCAAUUACCGAGACAGUACAUAAAUCCACGAAUAUUGUCGAUGAGAUUUACCAUGAGCGACGUCAACGAGCUUCGAGUCACAGACGAACUGAAAGAAUAUUUCAAACGCUAUGUCAUCGGAAAAACUUUCCUUCUUCACGUCAGACCCCCCGAUGGACCACCACUCAUUCAAUACGGUGAUCUUUACGACAACGGUCGCAACGUAAAAGACAUUUUACGAGCUAUGUUCGGAGACGCCGUACUUACAUGGCUUCCACCGCGUAAAUUGCCAUCCGAAUCCAGGGAAAUCGUGCAGGUUGUUUCCAUGGAAUCUUCCAUCAUUUUUGUUCAACUUGACAGCGACGCGCCUUUGCUAGAAGCUCUUGUUAGCCAAAUUCAGAAAUAUGUAACUAAUGCGCCAUCUGUUCAACCGACUAAACUUAAAGAAGGUCUACAUUGCAUCGUGUUUUCGACCAGAAAUUCUCAAUGGCAGCGAGCAGAAGUAAAGAGUAUAACCGACAAAUCAGCGACCGUGUUUUACGUGGAUCAUGGUUACGAAGAGACGGUGCCUCUGACAUACAUCAAGUCUUUGAUGGACACUAAUCUUUUGAAACUUCGUGCUCAAGCGAUUCGUUGCAUUUUGAACAAUUACGAUACGGAAAUAACAACCAAAGAGCUCGACGACGGCCUUAGAGCGGAAAUAAUAGGGAGAAAUGUGGCGAUGAUCGUUCAAAAAGUAACGUCAACUGGCCCUAUUGUUGACCUAUACGAUGCCAACAUAGAUCCUCUCGUCAAUAUUAUCCACCGGGUGCAAAGAACGUGCACAACCAAUGGUAACGUUCAUUCGAGGAUUGAUACUUUCAACGAAAAAACAAUGAAUUCGUCGCAUUCCAGUAACAAUCGGAGGUCCAACGUUAAAAAGCAAUCUACCGUGGGCCAACAACAAAAAUCUAAAUGUCAAAACGUAAACGCUGCACGUGACAAUCAAUCCAACAAGUGGAACAACGCACCGCGUUCGGACCCGCCGAUGAUUCAGGAUUCAAAUAAUUUCUCUGAAAAAGGAAAGUCGAAUAAUUGGAAAACCGAAAACAUCGAGUCGAGACGAUACGAAAAUCGUGAUAAUCGUUAUCAGAAUCGCGAGAAAGAAUGGUCACCGAAUUCCGGGCAGAACGACAGAUUCCCACGAAACGAUGGAAAGAACGAUCGUUUGGGUAGAGAGGGACCUAGAUACGACAGAAAUGAAAGGUUCGAGCGAUCUGGUGAUUCGAACGGGAAUAUGCGCGGUGGAAGGUUGGAAAAUCGAGAUCGCGGUGGUCGCGGAAGUUUUGGAAACUCUCGUUAUUCCGGUAACAACCCAAGGAACGAACGUAACGGUAGCGUCGAAAAAAACUGGAGCGAUAAAGACUCGGAUACUUCAUCGAGAAGCAGCGAGCGUAGCGGACGACGAGGAGGAGCACGCGGAGGAAGCAACAGAGGCCGACGAGAAAGUGGUAGAGCGCCAAACUCUCGAGAAAGUGACGGCGACAGCGACCGAGGUACUUUUAGAAGCGCUAGAAUGAACGGUGCAUCGGCCCGAAUCCGGGACAAUAAACGAGACUUUGGUCCAGCUAAUGAGAACCGACAAUUCGACACUUGGACAAACAAGACACCGCAAGCUCCACAAAAGAUUAGUAUACCGCCACCGAACAUCACGGUCGGUGCAGUGAAGAAUUGUGAGGUAGUUUUCAUGAAAGAUCCCGGGGAUUUCCACGUGCAACUGUGCCCCGAUAAUCUCGAGUUGGAUCCAAUAAUAGCGAAGAUCGAAGCGACUUACGAGACCGGUGGAAAAAUAGUGGAAAGGUCGAGGAUCAGGGAAGGCCUUGAGUGCGUUGCUCAAUAUUCGGAGGAUUCGAAGUGGUAUCGCGCAAAAGUACAAUCGGUGGAGGCAAACGGAGCGACGGUUUAUUUUGUGGACUACGGAAACAUCGAAACUGUCGAAUUUGAUAAAAUUAAAGAGCUCGACGCAGACUGCGCAAAAUUAUCGGCUCAAGCGAUCGCUUGCAAAUUAUUGGCGGCUAGUAAAACGACCUGGGAUACCAACGACAUCGACAAAUUCACUGACCUCACCAACAAGCCGCUUCUCGAGGCUGAAUUCGUGGCAAACGAAAGCAACGUAUUUGAAGUUCUCCUCCGCGAAGUGGUCGACGAUAAACCGUCUCCGCAAUACAUUAACGAGUAUUUUAGCGACGGUGCUGAUCUCGCACAAGCCAAAAAUAUUGCGCGAUCCAAGGGACGCCCACGACAAGGACAAAGUCUUCAAACGAGCGACUAUGCAGCUCUCGAUGAAAAAUGGCCAGUCGAAAAAUUGGCCCCUGGUACCAAGGACCAUAUCAUUAUUACUUGGUUCAUGAACCCUGACACUUUCUAUUGCCAAACUCUCGCAAGGAAAGACGAAUUCAGGGCGAUGAUGAUCGACAUACAAAAAGUUUACGCCAACAAACAGCCCGUCAGCGAACCACUUCAGGUCGGCUCAGCGGUGAUGGCUGUCUUCUCCGACGACGGAGCACUCUACCGUGCCGAAAUACUCGAGCUGAACAAGGCACGUGGUAACAUCGUUCGUUACAUCGAUUUUGGUAAUACCGCGAUGGUCGAGCAGCACAACACUUAUCGCGUGGAGAAAAAAUACAUGAAAAUCCCGAAACAAGCUGUUAAAUGUUCGUUAAAAAAUAUCGUUCCUGCAAACGGUACGAAUUGGGCAAAAUCGAACAAACAGGAGAUAGAAAAGUGUUUCGAAUUUGAAAAUAUCGAAUGUACUUUCCACGAAGAAAAGGAGGGAAAGUAUUUAGUUUCCUUGAAAACCGCAGACGUUGACAUCGCAGGAUUACUCGUGGAAAAGUCGCUUGCAUCGUUCGCCGUUUCUGCACACGUUAAUGUUGAAAAACAUGAAGUUGAAACGAUGGAAAAACAACCAAUAAUCGAAGAUCUUCCGCGAUUCGACAUAAGCCUUCUCGCUGGUCAAGCGUUACGUGUUAAGAUUUCAAACGUUGCGAGUGCAAUGAAAUUCCACAUACAAUUGCCGAGCGCAACCACGACCGAAAAAGCCAUUCACGCAUAUAUGGCUCAACGUAAUCCGGAGGUGAUGCCAAGACUUUCGUGCCGUGAAGUGUGUCUCGGCGCGGGUUGUCUCGUUUAUACGGACGAGGGAUGGAGACGUGCCGUAGUCAUAAACUGCUCACGUACUACGGGAUAUGAUGUGAGGCUCAUUGAUACAGGAGCAUAUGACGAGAUACCUCUGAACUGCAUGCUCGCGUUGCCUGGACCUCUCUCGGUAAUGCAGAAUCAGGCUGUUGAGUGUUGCUUGAAAGAUGCCAAAACUGACAUAGUAAUGGACGAAAGAUUGAGGGAUAGGAUUGAAAACACCACCGUCAUCGUUGCCGUCGAGGAAGUUGACAAUAAUAGACUCAUCGUCAAGCUCUACGAUACGAACGGGAAAAAAAUCAAAUCGAGUUACGACGACGAAGACGAGGAGAUAUCUCCGGUGUGCCCAAUGCCGAUCCUUUACUCGACUCAAAAAGUCGUCGUUUCUCACGCCGAAAAUUCAUCCAGCGUGUGGCUCAAGAGACAAAUGGAAUUGGAUGCCGACACCGAGCAGCUUUCUCAACUGUUCGAUUACUACAGCGCUUGCGGGGAUGAUAAGAAACCUGUAAUGACUCCGGGCACUCUUUGCGCAGCAAAGAGCGCCGACGAAAAUUGGUACCGUUCGAAAAUUCUGAGCGUCACCGAAACGAGCGUGACGGUUCAUUACAUCGAUUACGGAAACUGCGAGGAUCUACCUCUCGAUUCAUUGCGCGUCCUCGAGCCCCAAUUCUACGCUCAACCGGAACUGGCCAUCAAAGUAGCCCUGACGGUCGACGUCGGCGGUACGAUCGAACAACAGCAAGAAAUUCUCGCAAAUCACAUCCUCAACCAGGAAUUCACGGCUACGAUGUACAAUGUGCACAAAAAAUGGGUCGCCGAAUUGGUGAACGACGAUGGCAAAAUAAGCGAAAAAUUAAGCGCCCUCGAAGCUAUUGAAAUAUCGAAAAAUCCCAAUGUGCAAACCAUCAUUCCGGAAAUGGUCGUUGGAGAACGGUACCAAGUUAUUUGUCAUCACGCAGAUAGCCCCGCUUCGUUCUGGCUUCAAAGAACUGAAGAAAUAACAGCGAUUGAACAGCUACAGGACCGAUUGCAAGAGGAAGCAGUCAAUUGUCCCAUGGUUGAGGGAAUACCAGAGGAAAAUACUCUCUGUUUGGCGAUGUACUCUGUCGACGACAUGUGGUACAGAGCCGAGGUCGUAGUCGCCGAUCCGGAGAUAAUUUCCGUGCGUUUCAUCGAUUACGGAAACACCGAUGCAGUUUACACGAACCAAGGAAAGUGCAAAGUGAUCCCGGGUUCGUUGAAAACGAUUAAGAGGUAUGCGAUCAAAUGUCGUCUCGAUGUCAUCCCCGACGGAGACGAAGAUUGGAUGACACCUGCUAACGAAUGGUUCGAAGGAGUCGUGACGAACGCAGAAAACAUGGAGGCCCUUGUGAUCGCUGACAGUGCGCCGAGGCGGGUCGAGCUGUUCGUCGACGGGAAGAGCGUCGUUGACGAACUCGUGAAGCGGAAUUAUGGCUCGAGGAUUUCACCUGACGAAAAUCUCAUCGAAGAGCCUUUCGAUCCCGACCUGGAUCUGAGCUCUUGUUUCGUUAGCCACAUUAUAUCGCCCAGUGAAUUCUGGAUUCAAGAAGCGAAAAACGUCUCUUCGCUGGAAACUCUUGCCGACAGAUUCAUCGUCGCUGACAUGUUCCCCACGCCGAAAGACAUCAAAGAGGGUCUACUGUGUGUUGCUAAAUUUCCCGAAGACGGGGCUUGGUACAGGGCUCGAGUUGUCUCGCAUUCCGACACCUCGACCGAAGUAAUAUACAUCGAUUACGGAAACUCAGCUAUAUCGACCGAGAUACGCGAGAUUCCUGACGACGUUGCAUCGCAACCAGCAUAUUCGAAAAAAUGCAGCCUCGCCCUGCCCGAGGGCAUCGAACAGUGGUCCGAGGAGGCCUGCAUCGAAUUCGUGAAAAUCGCUGCCGACGGAGUGACCAUUUUCCAUCCAGAGAUACUCGAGGAACGAGAAGACACGUCGAUCGUUCGUUUGACUCAACAGGGCAAAGACAUCGUUGAAACUUUAGCCGAACUUUGCAAUCCACACAUGCCAAUAAUCGAAGAACGACUUCCUCCACUUGGAGAGGAAAAUUCUCCAAACGUUCUCGUCAGCCACGUUAAUUCGCCCUCCGACUUUUCCGUGCAGGCUCAAAACUCUAUCACCGAACUCGAGACCAUGGUUGAUCAUCUCGUCGCCGCUGAAAGCUUCUUACCGUUGGAUAAAAUUGAAGAAGGCAUCAUUUGCGCUGCUAAAUUUCCCGAAGACGAUCAAUGGUACAGAGCGAAAAUACUUUCCCAUGGCGACGCUGGAACCGAAGUUUUUUACAUCGAUUACGGAAAUUCAGCUGUCACGUCGGAAUUAAGGGUCUUGCCGAAGGAUAUCGUGGAAAAACCGGCUCUGUCCACUGGCUGCUCUCUCCAAAUGCCCGAAGAUGUUGAUACCUGGUCGGAAGAAGCUUGCCAGAAAUUCUUCGAGCUCGUUAACGAGGGAAUCACCAUGUUCGAGUACGAGGUUCUCGAAGACAAAAAACCUGCUAUCGUUCGAUUGAGCAUCGACGGGACUGACAUCGUUGAAAUGAUGUCGCCACUUUGUGCUAAAAAAAGGAUUGAAAAAUGUGAUGAAUCCACCGCAAACGAGGCAAUAUUGGAGCACAAUCCUGCUCAAGAUUCAGUCGAAAUCAUCGCUUCGGUACAAGAGACAUCCAGCAACGAAACUUCAGGCGUAGAAACUAUUACGAUCACGGAUCUUUCGACAGUGAGCAGUUCUUCCAGAACAGAUGAAUCGACCUCUUCCGAAUGGACUCACCAAACUGUGGAAACGUCGAAAGGUUUGAGCAAAGUUAAGGAAGUUGAGGUGACUCCAGCUGUCGAUGUAAUCCCGUCAGAAAAUUCGAGCAACGAAAUUGUCGAGAAACUUGCGAAUUCUGAGAGUGAAAGCGAGAAUCCGGCUGAAAAAACAGUGCCAAAAGAUUCGAGCAGCGAAUUAAUCAGCUCUUAUCUCGCUGUGGAGAAUCUCGUGAUCGAUGAAAAACAGAGCAAGGACGUAAACGAAAAAAUAGUUCCAACGGAAUCGUGUCUCGAGCCGACGGAGAAUGCGGCUUCUGUAACGAACGACGAAUCAAUAAGAUCAAAGAGUCCAGUGCCGGAAAAUCUUUCCUCGGCGACCGUUUCCUCUGAAUUCUCCGAAGGCAACGUAGUUUUCGACGGCAGUGAGCAACGGAAUUCGACGCCUCUCGAGGAGCGAGUUGUGCCCGGCAGCAUCAACAGGGGCACGGACGUUGAUGAUUCGAAAAAAGGAGGAUCGACGCUCGAAGUUUUGAACGAAAAACCCGUAGAAAACGUCUCCGAUGAAGCACCGAAUGCUGACGUUGUUAGAAAAUUGUCUUUCGUCGAAAAAAACGACGUCGCUAAAGAUUCGAACGUUGAUUCGACAGCGGAACAGCUCCCACGUCCAGCAACACCAAAAACCCCACACUCGGAGAAAAUCGUCGCGGGUGUUGUAAAUUACCAUGAGCAAGAUUCGAACGUUGAUACAACCGCAGAACAGCUCCCUCGUCCAACAACACCGAAAACCCCACACUCGGAGAAAAUCGUCGCAGGCGUUGUUAAUUACCACGAGAAAAUAGAGGAGUUGGUGAAAGAUGAAAUUCUCAGCGUCGUUAUCGACUAAAACAUUCCCGAAUAAUUAGAGAAAUAUAUUUAUAUUAAGUAACCACAAUCGUUCGACAAUUACUGCGCAACUUGAAACAAUAGUUUUUUGCGUUUAAAGACUAAUGAUUAUUAAAUAUUUUUUAAACUACCAUUUACUAAUAUUCACUAUUAUACGUGAUGCUAAAGAGGUCUAGUUGCUAAAGCGGAUUCGUACUAUCAUUCACGUUCAAUCAUUUUUCGUUGUUUUUCUUUUUCCUUCAUAUUUGCACUUUAUAAAAUCAGUGCUACUUUUAUUUUCACGUACGAAAUUGUUUGUACUCUCUUAUUAAUUCAUGAUUAUGUGAUUUUUCUAUACACAACGUGCCACCGAAUUAAUCGAAGCAAGAUUAUACCAGAAUUCGUUCGUAUCUUGUGAGAAUUGAAGCGCAGUGGUUAAAAAUUAGUCUUAAGACUGAUUCUCGUGACAAAUUUCGUUGGCAAAGAAAAAAAAAGCUUGAAGGUUUUCUCGGAGCGUUGUUUCACCAAAAAUUCUUUUAUUUUUUUUCCUUAUAUUUUUUCAGUCAUUUUCAUUCGUCUCAUCGCUGUCGAUGAACUUUCAUGCUUUGUUAACCCGAGUACCUUAAAUGCCUGGAGCAUAUUAGAUUAUUUAUUCGAUGGCUGUACGAACUAAUGUUUCACGACUGCUGUUAUUCCAAAAUCCAAUUCAUGAGAGUAUUAUUCGGGGGUAAAAAAUUUGAAAAUUUAAUGGGUUUACGAGAAACGUUUUAAACAAGAAUUUCGAAAUGAUUUUUGUUUUUUUUUCUGUGUUGAUAAAAACGGCUAGGAUCAAUUCUUAGAUCGAUAUAAUGUUUCAAUACUGAAAACAAAGUCUCUCGUUGCGUUUGCACUUGUUUAUUAUUUUCUUUUUUUAUUAUUAUUAUCGAUAAGUGCAUAUAAUUAUAUUUAUCUUUUGUUGAUUGUUUAUAAUGAUUCGAGGUUUUUGAAAAAUAUCCUCAAAAUCUAUAAUCACACCGAAUCUCCGUCUAAAACACGCGGUAGCCUUUUAUAAUCAGUUAUUAACAACUAACUUUUGAGCAUGACUAGAGGUUCACAAAGAGCGAUUGAAAAAUCGAUCAUUUAAGAGGUGUGAGAAGAUUCAUUUUCCUCGGAAAAAUUGAUGAUCUAGACGAUAGAACUUGAGCCGAAUAGACAAAGACCUCAAACGGUCCUAAAAAAACGCCAUGCUAAACCGGUAGCGGUUCAACGCGAAUAAAAAAUGAAAAACGGUGUGAAAACAAAGUCUCGUUGGUGAACGGGGAUUCGGAGAAUGUUUGGAAUCCUCCUCGCGUAGAUAUUUUCAGUAUGACCUUAAUUUCGUGACUUCCACAGUUCCUUUGUAUACUAUAAAUCGUUGAUCAUUGUAUACUCUAAAAUUGAUUAAUAAAAAUAAUUGAAAAAAUUGAACUUUGUACGUCGCUCAAAUAUAAUUUUUUCUAAUAAAGCUAUAAAAAUCGCUA